AUGGCGGCGGAGGGAGGAGGGAAGGAGACAAACGAGAUUAAAACCCAAUUCACCACCCGAGAAGGCGUUUAUAAACUUCUCACGCACUCCGAGUACAGCCGCCCGAACCGGGUGCCCUUCAACUCGCAAGGCUCCAACCCCGUCAGGGUCUCUUUCGUCAACGUCAACGACCAGUCGGGCAACGGCGACAGGAUCUGCUUCAAUGUGGGCCGGGAGCUCUACUUUUACAUCUACAAAGGUGUAAGAAAGGCUGCCGACCUGAGCAAACCCAUAGAUAAGCGGAUGUACAAAGGCACGCAGCCUACUUGCCACGACUUCAACCCACUCACCGCCACAGCUGAGAGCGUUUCGUUGCUAGUGGGUUUCUCGGCAGGCCAGGUGCAGCUCACCGAUCCGAUCAAAAAGGAGACCAGUAAGCUCUUCAAUGAAGAGUAUUCCUCAUCUAAUAUUUUACUGAACCCUUUGUACGCUGAUAAGUUUUGUUACGACUCAUAUAUAACAACUGCCUUUUCUCCUCCUCAGAGACUCAUUGACAAGUCACGUGUCACAUGCGUACGAUGGGUCCCUGGAUCUGAGAGCCUCUUUUUGGUGGCCCACUCAAGUGGCACCAUGUACUUGUAUAAUGUGGAAAACACAUGUGGAACGGCAGUGCCCCACUACCAGCUCCUCAAACAGGGAGAGAACUAUGCUGUGCACACAUGCAAAAGCAAGUCGGGCCGCAACCCCUUACUGCGUUGGACGGUGGGCGAUGGCGCACUUAACGAGUUCGCCUUCUCGCCAGACGGUAAGUUUCUGGCGUGCGCCAGCCAGGACGGAUACCUACGGGUAUUCGGCUUCGACGCUGCCGAACUACACGGCACCAUGAAGAGCUACUUCGGCGGCUUGCUUUGCGUGUGCUGGAGCCCCGACGGACGCUACAUAGUUGCGGGCGGAGAGGACGACUUGGUGACAGUUUGGUCCUUCUCGGACUGCAGGGUUAUCGCACGGGGACACGGACACAAGUCGUGGGUGAGCGUGGUGGCUUUUGAUCACUGCACCACUAGCGUAGAGGACAGCGGUGGUGCCGGUGAACCCACCGCAGAAUUCAGCGGCAGCGACGAGGACUUUUACGACCAUAUUCACUUUAGUGCAGGGAGGGAUCGGGCAAACAGCGCCCACUCCCGACUUUCCAAGAGGAAUUCUACUGACAGUCGGCCCGUAAGCGUGACGUACCGAUUCGGGUCUGUGGGCCAGGAUACCCAGCUCUGUCUGUGGGACCUCACUGAGGAUAUACUCUUCCCUCACUUACCUUUGUCCCGCACCAGGACACACACUAAUGUCAUGAAUGCCAGCAGCCCCACGGCCACUGCGAUGAGCACCAUUUUCCCUUCGGGCACCAAUGGCAAAGACAAUGUUAGCAAUAGCAGCACUGGCGGCAACACACCCAACUCCCUCCCGGGGACGUUACCCCGCUCCAACAGCCUACCGCAAUCCUCCAACCCGGGUGGCGGCGGCAGCAUCAUCGAUAGCGCCCUGAUCGCUGCCGGCGUGGGCAAGUUCGCCACGCUGUCGCUGCACGAAACGCGUAAGGACCGGCCAGAGAAGGAGCACAAGCGCAUGCACAGUGUCGGCCACAUUGGCAGCAAAAGCGGCGAUAAGCUCAGCCAGCUGGGCGGCUCGCGCACAUCCGCAAACAAGGGCGACAUGGCCAAGACCCUAGGCACUACUCUGUGCCCACGCAUGGAGGAGGUGCCGCUGCUGGAGCCGCUGGUUUGCAAAAAGAUCGCCCAUGAGAGACUGACCGUGUUGAUCUUCCUGGAGGACUGUCUGGUCACAGCCUGUCAGGAAGGCUUCGUUUGCACGUGGGCCAGACCCGGGAAAGUGGGACUUCUAUCAUCUCAAAACAACCCCGCCAACUCACCUAGCGGAACAGUAGUAUAG